UGAAAAUUGGAAAAAAAUAUUUUAAAAUAUCUUGAUAAUUCACUAUAUUUCUAUAAAAAUGGGCAAAGGAACGGAUAAAAUGUACAUUACGCAUUCCGAAUGGUCCGGAGAAUUUGGAGGGAUGCAAUUUGGAGGAAUUCAAGCAAGGAAGAAAACCGAAGUUUUUAAAAGACUUCCAUUUUAUUGUUGUUCGCUUUCCUUGCAGCCUUUCGAACAUCCUGUAUGCACACUUGAUGGUAUUAUAUUUGAUCUAAGACAUAUACGUCUGUAUUUAAAGAAGUUUGGAAUAAAUCCAGUAACUGGUGAAAAAUUAGAAGCGAAUUCGUUAAUUAGCCUCAAUUUUUUAAAAAAUUCUGAAGGCGAAUAUCAUUGUCCGGUAACCUUUAAGGUAUUCAGUGAUCAUACACAUAUUGUUGCUAUAAGGACAACUGGUAAUGUAUACGCAUAUGAGGCAGUUGAUCGACUGAAUAUUAAAGUAAAACAUUGGAAAGAUUUAUUAUCAGAAGAACCUUUUACAAGAAAAGAUAUAAUAACUUUACAGGAUCCUCAUAAUCUUGAAGCACGUAAUUUGUCAAAUUUUUACUAUCUUAAAAACAAUUUAAAGCUAAAAGACGAUGAAUCAUCAAACGAUCCUUUAAGUGAUAUAAAUUUAAGUGCCACAGGUUCAGCAGGACGUAUUCUUUCAAAGAUUUCUGGCCAGCAAGAUGAAUUGGCAGAACAUGCAAGUGCCGAGGACAGGCCUCUGAAGAAAACUGCAUCUUCAACACCCGCCAUAAAACCAAAAUCCAAAAAUGUUCCAUAUAAUGCUGCAUCGUAUUCGCGUGGAUUAGCAGCCGCAUCAUUUACUUCUACUGCGAUGACACCAAUAACUGAAAAUGAAAAUGCGCUUGUUGAUGAAGAAGAAUUCAUGUUUAAAGAAAUUAAAGAAAGGGGCUAUGCACGAAUCAUAACUAACCUUGGAAGCUUGAAUAUCGAAUUAUUCUGUGAUAAGGCACCGAGAGCUUGUUAUAAUUUUAUAAUGUUAUCAAAAAAAGAAUAUUAUAAUGGAACGAUCUUUCACCGUAAGAUAAAAAACUUUAUGAUUCAAGGUGGUGACCCUACAGGUACAGGGAGAGGAGGUGAAUCAUAUUGGAAGAAAGAUUUUGCAGAUGAAUUUAAACGAAAUCUCUCACAUAAUGAACGUGGGCUCAUGAGUAUGGCCAAUAAAGGAAAAAAUACAAAUUCAUCUCAAUUUUUUUUUACCUUUCGUCCGUGUACUCAUCUGGAUAACAAACAUACCAUUUUUGGAAAAAUUGUUGGAGGAAAAGAAACUUUAGAUAAAAUGGAAUCAGUGCCCACAGAUGAAUCCGACCGACCUUUACAAGAAAUUAAAAUUGUCAAAAUUAUCACCUUUGUCGAUCCAUAUGAGGAAUACAAAAAAAAAUUGGAAAAGAAAUUGAGUCGACAAAUCGAAAAUGCGGAAAAGAAACCGCGAGGGAAAACAGAAAAGGAUACAACUACAUGGUUUGGCACGAAAUUAGCGUCAUCAACUGAGACAAAAGAUAAUGAAUCAGUUGGUGUGGGGAAAUAUUUGAAAUCAGCUACAUCUUCGACGUUUAAAAAGCGGAAUUUUGAUAAUGAUGAAUUAGAUACAGAACCCAUUAAAAAGAAAUCAAAAGCUACAGGUUAUAAUUUUGGUGACUUUAGUAAUUGGUGAUGAAUUUAUAUGUAUACUUGAAAGUUUUUUGUAAUAAUUUUUAAUCAUAAGGAAAUACAAUUACAAUAUAAUUUUUUAAAUGGUUAAUAGAGAAGAUUUUCGAUUAAUAUUUAUUCUCGAAAAUAACUUGAAUGCGUUCUUCGUUGUUUGUUGAAUC